GGGAAAAAAAUUAGUCGAAAAAACAAAAAAAAAGAGGGGAGGAAAAAUAACACAAGCGCCUCUCGCCCACCUCCCCCACCCCCAGAUGCCGGCCACGGCGAGCGGCGGCGAGCGGCCGGAGGAGGCGGCCUCGCCCUCGCCCUCGGCGUCGUCGCCAGCCGUGUCCUACUGCAUGGGCACGAGGCCGGAGGAGCUGACGGCGAGGCUGGCCGCCACCGCCUCCGCCGUGGGGAGGCCCGUCGGUGGCGCCUGCAGCGUCGGCGGCGGCGGAGGAGGAGAGGAUGGGGAGCACGAGCGGGUGCGCACGCUGCGGGAGAUCAAGAACCAGAUCAUCGGGAACCGCACCAAGAAGCUCCAGUACCUCCGCCUCGGGGCCGUCCCGGCCGUCGUGGCGGCGAUGGCGGAGCCCGGGGCGUCGCCCGCCGCGCUCGUCCAGGCCGCCGCCGCCGCGGGGAGCUUCGCGUGCGGCGUCGACGACGGCGUGCGGGCCGUGCUGGCGGCUGGGGCCGUGGCCCACCUGACGCGGCUGCUCGCCCACCCCGACGAGAAGGUUGUUGAUGCUAGUGCACGUGCUCUGAGAAUGAUUUAUCAAUCAAAACUAGCUCCAAAAUUUGAUGUCAAUAAUGACGAAAAUAUGAAAUUCCUUCUUACCCUUUUGAACAGAGAGAAUGAAAAUGUCACAGAGCUGGCUGCCAAUAUUAUAUCUCAUUCUUGCGAUAGCAAUACAGAACAAUUAGCACUAUGUGCUGCUGGAGUUCCGCAGAGACUCAUUAACCUUUUUGGAGGCUCGAUGAAUCUACGGGAUGCUUGCUUAGAUUCUAUGACUGCAAUCAUAAGAAAUAACUGGGAAGUUGCCUCAAGAUUUGCACUUAUGGACCAUGGAAAAGCUUUGCGUUCAAUAGUUGCGUUAAUACAUGAUCGGAGCCCACGCACAAGACUACUUGCUUGUUUGUGCUUGAUUUCACUUAGCCAUGCUUCUCCCUGUCACUUUCAAGACAGACAAAUUAAAACCAAGUUGAUUCUGGUCUUACUUGAACUUGUUGAAGAACCCGGUCAUGUAGGAGAUGAUGCUCCGUUGGCAUUGACAACCUUGAUUAAAGACAGUGUGGAACUGCAGAAGCAAGCCCUCUCAACAAAUGCAGUUCAGAAGCUUAGCAACCAUCUGUUAGCAAAUUCUUUGGAGUCAAGGCGUGCAGUGACCAUAUUACUUGCUUUAGCUGAACUUUGCUCAAAACUGGAAGAAUCAAGAUCUCAACUUAUGUCAGUUCAGGCAUCUACCUUAAUCCUCGAAGCGCUGAAGCAUACUUGUGCUGAUAUCCGUGUUGCAGCAUGUUCAUGCCUUAAGAAUAUCUCUAGGUCAUCCAAGGUAAAACAACUACUCAUUAAUAUGAAUAUCUCUAGGUCAUCCAAGGUACUUAGUGCAGGGAAAUUAUCAUGUGAUACAUUUAUUGCCCCGCUAGUCCAGCUUUUGUAUGACUCAUCUACAUCAGUCCAGGUUGCUGCCCUUGGUGCUAUUUGCAAUAUUGCUGUGAAUUUGACACCGAGGAAAUCGAUUCUUCUUCAUUCUGGGGCUGUCACCCAGCUUGUUCAUUUGUCCAAGUCUAUGGAUCCAACAUUGAGGCUAAAAGCUGUGUGGGCUCUUAGAAAUAUUAUGUUCCUUUUGAAUCCAAAGGAUAAAGACUUUAUUCUGAAGGAGCUAACUUUAUCUACUCUUUCAAGCCUCAUAUGUGAUUCUGAACAAUUUGUCCAGGAACAAACUUUGGCACUGGUGCACAAUCUUGUUGAUGGAUAUGUGGACGCUGUUAAUUAUGUCAUUGGUGAUGAUGGCAUGAUUUUAAAUGCUAUUUCAAGACAACUGAAUAAUGCACCUGCCCCAGGAGUGUGCACACAUGGUAUGUUUGUGCUUACAAAUGUUGCAGCUGGGGGUGAAUUGAACAAGGAGGCUGUGAUGAAUAUUCUUGUACCUUGUCGAGCAGAUCGUGUCAAACAAUCUUUUGUAGUCAACUUUCUGCAGAGCAAGGAUAAACAAUUGCGAGUUGCAACCUUGUGGUGUAUUCUGAACUUGAUUUAUCCAAAAUGCGAGGCGUCAUCUGUUCGAGUUGUCCGACUCCAAAAUGCUGGGCUAAUUUCACAAGUAAAAGGCAUGAUAAACGACCCCUGCUUGGAUUGCAAGCUUAGAGUACGCAUGGUGCUUGAACACUGCUUGGACAAUGCCGACGAUGGUUUCAUGUAAGCAGCCACCGUUGCACCUUUGCCACUGAAGCUUGCAGAAUCAAACACUCUUGAGCAAAGAGAAGAUGGGAGAUUGCUUUGCAUCAGCAAUCCGCGUCAUGAACUAUGAACGAGAUGAUCAUCAGUAAAACGCCAUGGCCAACAUCUUCUCGUCGCGCGAGCUUUGUUGUAAUUUUGGUGAACUCCAUGAGGACCAUGACUGGUUUCUCUUGCAGAGGCAAGUAAAGAACCCUGUUGUAACCAUGCCACGUCAGAAACCUGAGCUGCUUUGUCCCAGACGAAAAAAAAAGGGUUUUUAGGCGCUAGCUCGGGAGAAAUUUCAUUCCCUUAGCAUGACCAAAAACCUAGUGCUUGUGCUGUGACGAUGAGUGUAUAAUUGAGGGAUGAUGCUACUGCUGCUGCUGCUGUAAAUUAUACUGUCUCUUGCAAUAAGGCUAUACGUUUUUCAUGUCA